UCUCGUAGUGCUUCAACCUCACUCCCACCCAGCACGCUGGUUGUGGCCAUGGAAUUCCACGUGAAAUCAUUUUAUAAAGAGAAUGACAUCGUUUUUCAUGGUCGUGCGUCUCGGGCUGUUUCCAUAUACUUGCCAUGGAAGCACAAUUACCGGAGCCAAUAAACGCAGGGUAGAGGAGGUCGACGGUGCUAAGGGCGGAGCUCAAAAUGAGGUCACUCUGAAGCGCUAGGGAUAUGACUAUGACGAAACUUGAACGCUCGGUGUAGAGUAGUGUAGUGUGUCAAACCAAAGCCUGAAUUACCGGGAGGCAAAAUAAAACGAUUCGUUUUGCAAACCAACAGAAGUCGUUGAAAUCACAGAAAAGAGACGAUAAUCUACUUUAACUGGCAGAAAACUGCAGCUCAUCCAUCCAUUCUCUUUGGCAUCUUGUGGACAAUGGGGUGAUUAAGUUUUGUUUCCUCCAUCCUCUACUCAGCACUUCUCUGGUUUAAACCCUCAACACACCACACCUCCCUUCCUCUAAUGUCAGAUAAUUCAGACCCAGACUGCAGCUCCAUGGCUAGGGGGGCCUCAGGGUGCAGGUCCAUGCCCAGGGGGAUCUCAAGGUGCAGCUCCAUAGCCCAGCUUCAUUGUAGGAGCAGCUAUAGCCAGGUUGGUCCAGGCCUGGGUCUAGCCUCAGAAGGCAGUGACAGCAGUUGCCAGGACCCCUCGGCCUCACCCCACAUUGGCCGUAGGAGCGCCUGCUCACAUUCCUUCCACGACGACGUGGACAUGAAGAGCAGUGGAUCCAGCGGGACCGAGUCACACGGCAACGAGAGCCACGGAAGCCAUGGAAACGAGAGUCAUGGCAACAAGUCAACAGGUAGCUCCAAUGGCAACAGCAGAGACUCGGCUCUCCUGGAGUCGUCUGGGAGCAACAAGCGCUCUAACUCCCACAGCCCCUCUCCUCCCAGUAGUUCCAAUGCUUUCAGCCUGCUGAGUUCUGAGCAGGACAACCCUUCCACCAGCGGAUGCAGUAGUGAGGAGUCAGCUAAAGCCAAGACCCAGAAGGAGCUUCUCAGGACCCUGAAGGAGCUCAAGCGCCACCUUCCUGCUGACAAGAGGGACAAGGGCAACAAGUCCAGCUCCCUCAACACUCUGAAAUACGCCCUGCGCUGUGUCAAACAGGUGGAAGCCAAUGAGGAGUACUACCAGCUGUUUAUGACCAAUAGCAGUCAGCCAUCCGGCCUGGAUGUGUCCUCUUACACCAUCAAGGAGAUAGACAGCAUCACCUCAGAGUACACCCUCAAAAACAAUGACAACUUUGCGGCAGCGAUAUCUCUGAUCACAGGGAAGAUCGUCUACAUCUCAGACCAGGCUGCCUCUAUCCUCAACUGUAAAAGGGGUGUCUUCAAGGACGCUAGGUUUGUGGAGUUCCUGACUCCCCAAGACGUCAGUGUUUUCUACAGCUUCACCACGCCCUACCACCUGCCCUCCUGGAGCAUGUGCGCCGGAGCAGACAGUCUAUAAACAGAUUGCAUGCGGGAGAAAUCCUUCUUCUGUCGGAUCAGUGGAGGUAAGGAGUGUGAGGGGGACCUACAGUACUCUCCGUUCCGUAUGACCUCCUUCCUGAUGCAGGACAAGGUCCAUUCUGAGAACCAGCUCUGCUGCCUCCUACUGGCUGAAAGGUUGCAUUCCGGAUACAAGGCUCCCAGAAUUCCUAGCGACAAGCGCAUCUUCACCACCACACACACUCCUAGCUGUGUGUUCCAGGAUGUGGACGAGAGGGCUGUUCCUCUCCUUGGUUACCUCCCCCAGGAGCUGAUUGUCACCCCAGUCCUUCUUCUCAUGCACCCCAAUGACAGGCAGAGCAUGUUGGCCAUUCACAAGAGGAUCCUUCAGUAUGCUGGCCAGCCGUUCAACCAGUCCUCCAUCAGGUUCUGCACACGGAACGGAGAGUACGCCAUCAUCGACACCAGCUGGUCCAGCUUUGUCAAUCCCUGGAGCUGUAAGGUCUCUUUCAUCAUCGGGAGGCACACCGUCCGCAUAUGAGUGGGCCCGGUGAAUGAGGAUGUGUUCGAGGCCCCGCUCCCUGCCCUCAUGGAGACCAAGAUCAUGGACUCUGAAGUCCAGGAGAUCACUGAAGUGGGGAGUGGAUUCCUGACCGUUACCCUCUCCCUAGCAGAGUUCCUCCAGAAGAGUCCCGCGGCGGUCCGUCUCAAGGACACUGCAGCCCCCGUGGCACCUCUGAGCUGGAGGGACAGUGGGGCCACCCCCCUGGAGAACUGCAGGCCUGCAGUACAGGAGGAGCAGCUGGCCGUCAACGACCAGGCGGUCUACUCCUACCAACAGAUCAGCUGUCUGGACAAAGUCAUCAGAUAUCUAGAGGGCUGUAACAUUCCCAUCGCUAUGAAGAGGAAGUGCCACUCUUCUGACAACACUUCCUCAGACGAGGACAAGCAGAAAGGAGGGGACAACCACAUGCAGGUAUCUGAAGACCCUGCGCUAUUUAAGGCUCAGCCUGGUUUAACCGCUGUGGAUGACAUCAUCGCAUACAAAAAGACUGAGGCUACAACCACAGCCUCAGGGGUAGUGGGCUCCUCCUCCCUGGCAGCCCUCGCCGUGCCACCGUGCAGCAAAACCGAGAGUGUGGUGUCAAUAACAAGCCAGUGUAGCUACAGUAGCACCAUCGUGCAUGUAGGAGACAAGAAACUGCAGCCCGAGUCAGAGAUCAUUGAGGAUGUAUCUGGUGGUGGGGAGGCGGUGGAGCAGGUCAGCCAGACUCCUGGGCCUCCUCCUAGUGCUAUUUCACCUCCCAGCCUGCAGAGGGAGCCCUAUAAGAAGCUGGGUCUGACCAAGCAGGUCCGAGCAAACCACACCCAGAGAGAGCAGCAGGCCUUCCUGUGUCGCUUCAGGGAGUCCAUCUUCCAGGCGAACUGUUCCCAAUACCUGGAGCGCCAGAAGGGACAAGGUGCUACUGAUGCUGUGGCCACUGUGCGCCCAUGCAGACAGGCCGAACCCGCUGCCCGUAGAAGCGGACGCAACAAGAAGACCAAGUCCAAGCGGGUAAAACAGAACAAGUUGUCCGAUAGUUCUUUGUCCCAUAGGAAGAGACAGCAGCAGCCCCGACCCCACCUCCUCUAUCAGGGCCUCAACCAGACUUUCUGGUUCCCCUCCAACUCCUCCCAGUCCACCUUGCCGCCCCUGGCCUACCCCAACAUAGUGCCAGCCUUCCCUCUCCAGGUCUACCCCGGGGUGGGCACCAUGGCUGGAACCAUGCCUACCAGCCCUGAGAAUUCAAUGCCAGGCUUCGGCGACAGUCAGUGCAACCAGGAUCCCCAGUGCCCGGCACCAAACAUCCAGCCCUCCCCCUUCUCUAUUCCCAUGGUGGCUCUGGUUCUCCCCAACUACAUGUUCCCUCAAAUGGGGAGCGGGGCUCCAGGACAGCAGCCUUUUUACCAGGUCGAGACGACAGGCUACUCCUCCCAGCCACAGCCCUUCCUCCCACAGACAUCCCUCACCUUCCCUGCCCAGGGUCCCUUCCUGCCACAGCCCUUCCUCCCACAGACAUCCCUCACCUUCCCUGCCCAGGGUGCCUUCCUGCCACAGCCACAGCCCUUCCUCCCACAUACAUCCCUCACCUUCCCUGCCCAGGGUCCCUUCCUGCCACAGCCGCAGCCUUUCCUCCCACAGACAUCCCUCACCUUCCCUGCCCAGGGUCCCUUCCUGCCACAGCCGCAGCCUUUCCCCCUACAGACAUCUCUUCCCUUCCCACCACAGUCAUCCUCCACCAUCCAGGCCCAGUUCCCGGGCCAGAACCCUUUAGCCCCCCAGACAGGCUUCCCAAUUCUCACCCAGCCUUUCUCUUCCAUGGCCAUGGAGCCCCCCAAGCCUUCUGGGGAAACCACCCAGUCUCGGGGCUCCACACCUGGGUCCAUGGAUGGCAGGGACCAAGUGCCCUCCCCUCCAGUGUUCCAGUCACCAUGCAGCUCACCCCUGCAGCUCAACUUACUGCAGCUGGAGGAGACACCGUGCUCCCUGCAGAGGCAGCACAGCAUGGUGGUAGCGCCCUCCAGUGGUGAUCCCCCGGGGAAUAACAACUUCCGCGAUAAGGGAAGGAGUGUGGUCUGCCAAGCCAUGGAGAAGAUCACGCUUCAGCAGGUGAGUUCGCCAGGCGACGGUAAUCCUAGCGACAUGCUUGACAUCCGGCUCCAUUCAGACUCUCACUCAGCCACCUCAGGGUCCAUGGGUUCAAGGUCUAAUGACUGUGGAACCUCAGCUAGAAUGUCUAACAGUGGAAGGUCUAAUAAUAGCAGGACUUCGGGAUGUAGAAGGUCAGCUAGUGGAACGUCAACUAGUGGUGUAUCUGGCAAUGGCACAGUAUGCAGCAGCCACACCAGCAAAAAGAUCAGAAACUACUUUGGCAGCGUGGAUUCAUCCCGGAACAGCAGCCAGAAGGUCAAAGGGCACUCCACCGGCUGCGAUAGUGGGAGAAGCAGUAGUGUCAUGGAGGUGCGGCCAAUGGAGAUGGAGCAGGACCAACACGACAAGUAUAUACUGCAGGACCCGCCGUGUUUGGUCACCCCCAACACUGACAACAAGGUCAUGUUGACCUAUCAGGGUUCCCGAGUGGUGCAGCGGGGCAUCGAGAGGUUGCUUAGAGAAGACAGAGAGAGGCUGCGUGGGAUGCAGAAGAGUCAGCCGUGCUUCACUGGGGAACAGCAGAGGGAACUGGUAGAGGUCUACCCCUGGAUGAGGAGUGGAGGGCUGCCCAAGGUCAUGGACGUCAAGGCCUUUUGUUUUGUGUGCUUUGAGGAGGAUGCUCCAGAGGCAGUGAUGUCUGAGGAGCAGCCUGACCUAGACAUGGGAGACACAGGGACUGAGACAGGCGAGGUCAGCCCCUCCAGGAAGCCCGGCGAGGAGCCCUUAAACACAGACACCUGCCCUUGUCCCUCUUCUGGCCUUGGAUCAUCAUAGCCACAUCCACACCCUGAAUCCACCCACCGCUGUUGAUUGUAACAUCAGCACUUCCUCCCAAGACUCGUUCUCAAGCGACAUCAAUUAUUGACCGGGUCCCACCCUCAGACCAACAGCUGUCCCUGACCAGGGAAUUACCAUAUUGGACUAUCUAGUACUGCAUGUGUCCUGCUGGUGGUACACACCUUUUCUACAACCAGCUAAACCGUCUGGAAACUCUGCUACAGCCUGAGAGACCAACGGCCCACCUGGUCAAUUCAUUUUCUGUGUGUGAAUGUGUGAGAGAGAGAAAAAGAAGAUGAGAUUGAGGUUAGGCAGGUAGCCUAGCGGUGGGCAGGUAGCCUAGCGGUGGGCAGCUCGCCUAGCACUCGGCCAGUAACCGAAGGUCGCUGGUUUGUAUCGGCGAGCCGACGAGGUGAAAAAUCUAUCGAGGUGCCUUUGAGCAAGGCACUUAACCCUAAUUCCUUUUGUAAGUCACUCUGGAUACGAGUGUCUGCUAAAUUACUAAAAUGUCAACUCGGUGAGUUCCAGUGUGUGCAAAACACUGUUCUUUCAAUUCCAUCCAUCUCUUUUCCUGUGUUGUUUCACUGAUUAAAAUUAAUGCUUUCACUGAA